AUGCCUAUACAAGACCGGACCAACGAAUUUCGUUCCUGCGUCGAGUCCAUCCGGAGUAGAUCUUCCCUGCCUUCUCGUGGCGGUGAGGCCAAACAGCGCUUGCUGCAGGAUGGUGGUCGAGCACAUGGAAGCAAAAGCGAAUUCUCACGAAUGGCUUCGACUAUUGGGAAGGAUAUCAGUAGUACAACGAUAAAACUUGGGAAACUGGCCCAGUUGGCCAAACGGAAAACCCUGUUUGAUGAUAGACCGGUCGAGAUUAGCGAACUCACGUUUAUCAUAAAGCAAGAUAUUGCCAGUAUCAACAAGCAGAUUGCUCAAUUACAGUCCUACGUCAAGCGACGCAAUGUUCAGUCGUCGGGAUCAGCUGCGGGAAAACAGAUUGAAGAGCAUAAUCACAACGUGGUCAUGCUGUUGCAGAGCAAACUAGCGAAUACGAGUAUGACGUUCAAAGAUGUUCUGGAGGUUCGGACGCAGAAUAUGAAGGAAACUAAGGACCGUACCGAGCAGUUCAUGUAUUCGACAUCUUCUGCGGCCAACCAGGCACCUUCAGGUUCGGUGUUGUUCAAUACACAACGGAGCGAUCCUAUGGGUGACGGCAGUCCAAGUCGGCUCGAGUCUAAUUCCAAAGGCAAAAACCGCUCCUUGCAAAACGGGGACGUCCUCGCUCUCAACCUAGACGCUGCUGAAGAAGGUACCGCAUCUCAGAACGGUGGAGCAUUUAUGCAGAUGCAGCUGGUCGAACAACAGGACUCCUACAUACAAUCCCGCUCCACUGCCAUAGAGUCGAUAGAAUCCACCAUUGCAGAGCUUGGUCAGAUAUUCACGCAGCUGGCCAAUAUGGUCGCUGAACAGCGGGAAACGGUGCAGCGCAUUGAUGCUGACACCAUGGACAUAGCGUCAAACGUCAGUGGUGCACAACGAGAACUCUUGAAGUAUUAUGCUAGUAUUUCAAGUAAUCGGUGGCUGAUGCUGAAAAUAUUUGGGGUUCUUAUUGUCUUCUUCCUGGUCUUUAUUCUGGUAUCAUAA